AUGUCCUCGGCUGCCCAAGCUGUUCGAGAAGUCCCUGAAAGUCCAAGGAAUAGCCCAGAGCGUCUCCCAAAGAACUCCCCGAAGAAGUCUUCCGUCAAAAAGACAAAUGAAUCUAUUGAAGCACCAAAAACUGCAGUCAAGCGACGUCAUAGCACAGUUGAAGUUUCCAGGGAGAAAAUCGAUGUUGAAACAUCAGUGAAACCUACCCAGAAGAGGACUAAAAAGAGUCAGGAAGUCUCAGAGAAGCCUGGUGAUGGUGGCAUGGAGGAUGUUUCCAAGGCGAAAAAGAAGAAAAAACGUAUUUCUGGUGAUUGA